AUGGGUUCUAAUAAUGCCGAAUCUCCACGACUAUUGACCGUUGCUGCUUGCCAACUUGGUCCAGUGCAUCUUGCAGACUCACGUGAAGAUGUCUUGAAGCGCAUGUUUGCCCUUUUAAAUCAUGCUGCGAAGGAAGGUGCAAAACUCGCUGUUUUCCCCGAGCUAGCCUUCACCACAUUCUUCCCUAGAUACCUAAUCGAGGGGGAAGACCUGGGUCAAUACUUCGAUAUUGAGGACUCAAACAAGGGCGGAAUUGAGCAAUCUCCAAAUGUCAAGCCUCUUUUCGACCACGCUCGCUCUCUUGGCAUCGACGUUUAUGUAGGCUAUGCGGAACGGAGUGUGCAAAAAGAUGGCUCUCACAUCGACUACAACUCUAGCGCGUACUACUCGGCCCAAACAAACGAGGUUGUUGGAAAGUACCGCAAAGUACACCUUCCGGGAACUGUUGAGCCACGCACUGCGCCAGGUGCAUUUCAACAGCUGGAAAAGCGCUACUUCCGCAACGGAGACCUUGGAUUUCCGGCAUUCCGAGCCCCGGGCCUUGUCGAGGGUGCUCUAAAGAAGUCUAGCAGUACUGAUGAUCCCGUGAAGACUGCUGGAAAAGGCGAUCCGAUCAUUGGUAUGCUGAUUUGCAACGAUCGACGAUGGCCCGAAGCAUGGCGAGUAUAUGGCCUCCAAGGCAUGGAGAUCAUGUGUUGUGGUUACAAUACUACUGCAUUUGCCACAACUUCCGAGGGGCAUAUGGUGGAUCUGAGUCCAGAGGCAGCCGAGGAAGAAGUUUUGUUGCAUCAUAAGCUUUCUUGCCAGGGAAAUAGUUAUAUGAACGGCUGCUUCAGUAUCAAUGUGGCGAAAACGGGUGCGGAGGAUGGACACCCACUAGUUGGAGGAACGAUGAUCGUGCAUCCUCUUGGCCAUAUUAUCAAGGAGGCAAAGACAAAGGAAGACGAGGUCGUUAUCGCCACUAUUGACUUGGCUGAUUGCCGUCGCCUUAAAACUACAGUAUUUGCUUUUGAAAAGCAUCGGAGACCUGAGCAUUACCAUUCAAUCUUGGAACGUACUGGUGUCAUUGAGCCAGAAUUGUUGUGA